AUGGGCACUCCAUUCGUGACGCUCGUCGAGCCCUCGCCCCUGACGGGCUACGACCGCACGCUGCCGCCCGCGCAGCAGCCAAGCCACGUGCCCAAGGGCUUCCUGGACGCGAUGGAGGUGCGCGAGGCCGUCUUCGUGCAGGAGCAGGGCGUGCCGCUCGAGUUCGAGCUGGACGAGGACGACCCGCGCUCGUGCCACUGGGUCGUGUACGCGUCCGUCAACCAGACCGCCGAGCCCGAGGUGCGCGACCCGCAGACCGGCGACGUCGUCCGCCCCCGGCGCAGCGUCACCCGCACCCAGCCCAUCGGCACCGUGCGCCUCGUCCCCUUCCCUCACCCGCCGCACCCCCGCCCCGGCGGCCGCUACGCCGACGGCAAGCUGCUCAACGCCGACGACGUCUCGCCUGGCGCGGCGGCCCGCGGCGAGCACACGGCGGGCGAGCACGUUGGCGAUGGUGUCCAGCCGCUCAGCGAGGCGGAGGAGCGACGCCUGUCUUCGGCGCAGCCGUACGGACCGGACAGGCCGACGGACAUGCACGACGGCAAGGAGCCGUACGUCAAGCUGGGCCGACUGGCUGUGGUGCCCGAGUUCCGUGGCCACAAGAUCGGGCGACUGUUAGUAACCACGGCAUUGAGUUGGAUGGCAUCACACCCAGGCUACUUCGAUCCGAGUGUGGCGCACCUGGGAUUCGAGCAGCUGGCGAUCGAGGAGGCAAGGGACAUUCCCAAGUGGAACGGGCUGGUGUGCUGCCACGCGCAGGAGUCCGUAAUAGGGGCGUGGCAAAAGCUCGGCUUCGAGGUGGACGAGGCCAUGGGCACGUGGUGGGAGGAGGGCAUCAAGCAUGUCGGCAUGUUCCAGAGGCUGGAGAUCAAGCCGGUGCAGCCUGCUCAGAUCUAG